UCUGCGGAGUUAGGACGAAGCGGAUUGGCCCGCGAGGGGAAACGCCGCUCGUCUCGGUGCCUUGAGGCGGCUGAAGGGGGGGUGGGGGCUCUGCCGCUCGGCCGUUGAGGGCACGCGGGGUGAGGCAGAGGCCCGGUCCGGUCCGGUGGGGAGCAUGUCUGCGGCCGACGGAGAGGGCUGGGACGGCAACGGGCAGCGAAGAGGGGGCAGUGGCGACGGGCCGGCCGCUCAGGCCCCCUCCGGGGGUCUCCUCAACCGCUUCGUCCGUCUCCCGCCCGGCCCGGGACGCGCCGGCCACCGAGUGCCGCCAGCCCGAAGCGGCCACCGCUGCGUGGCAGACAAUGCCAACCUCUACGUCUUUGGAGGGUACAAUCCUGACUACGAUGAAUCUGGAGGGCCGGAGAACGAAGAUUACCCGCUGUUCCGGGAGCUCUGGCGAUACAACUUUGCUACUGGCACCUGGCAUCAGAUGGGCACUGAGGGCUACAUGCCUCGCGAGUUGGCAUCCAUGUCGCUCGUGCUGCACGGCAAUAACCUCUUGGUCUUUGGCGGCACCGGCAUCCCCUUUGGAGAGAGCAACGGCAACGACGUUCACGUCUGCAACGUGAGGUAUAAGCGGUGGGCCCUCUUCAAUUGCCGGGGGAAGAAGCCGAACCGCAUCUACGGGCAGGCUAUGGCCAUCAUCAACGGGUCCUUGUACGUAUUUGGAGGAACGACUGGCUAUAUCUACAGCACCGACUUGCAUAAGCUGGACCUCAACACCAGGGAAUGGACGCAGCUCAAGCCAAACAGCCUGCACUGUGACAUGCCGGAGGAAAGAUACAGGCACGAAAUCGCGCACGACGGGCAGAGAAUUUACAUCUUGGGAGGCGGGACCUCUUGGACGGCUUACUCCUUGGAUAAGAUUCACGCCUACAAUCUGGAAACCAACACCUGGGAAGAAAUCGCCACGAAGCCUCAUAAGAAGAAAGAUUAUCCUGCAGCUCGCAGAUGUCAUAGCUGUGUACAGAUAAAAAAUGAUGUCUUUGUCUGCGGCGGAUACAACGGAGAGGUGAUUUUAGGCGAUAUCUGGAAACUCAACCUGCAGACGUUCCAGUGGGUGAAGCUCCCCGCGGUGAUGCCCGAGCCUGUUUAUUUCCACUGUGCUGCUGUGACUCCGGCAGGCUGCAUGUACGUCCACGGAGGCGUGGUGGACAUCCACCGGAACAGACGGACUGGCUCUCUCUUCAAGAUGUGGCUCGUGGUGCCCAGCCUGCUCGAACUCUGUUGGGAGAAGCUGCUGGCUUUCUUCCCUCACCUGGCCAACCUCAGCCGAUCGCAGCUUUUGCACCUGGGACUGACGCAGGGACUCGUCGAACGCUUGAAAUGAAACUCCCGCCCCGUCGUUCUCACGUCCUCUUUUAUUUAUGGUCCCGCCGAGAACGCCACGGAGGAGCGGGCCGACACCAAAAAGAUCCCCGCUUCUCCAGCCUUACUCGCCAAGAAUCUUCGGAUGCCUUUUCCCCUCCCUCCGUUAUAUAUAUAUAUAUUUUCUAUUUUGAUUUGAGAAUUUAUUAAAACUCUGUGCUUUUU